AUGGAAAUCUCUUGCCGGUUUUUUGCUGUCUUCUAUGUUGUUAGAGAGGAACAAGAAAACAUCCUUUUUGAUACAUUAGGAUUUAGCUUCGUUACUGGCAGAGGUGAUACAGCAUGUGAAGGAGCUGAAGAGACAGACGUCAGUGAUCGCCGAGACGACGCCGGUGCCGACGAGCUAACCGUCGACAACGUCUCCGGCGAGGUGGGCAACAAUAAACUAUUGAUAAGAGCGACGCUGUGCUGCGACGACCGAUCGGACCUCUUGCCGGACCUCAUCAAGAGCCUGAAGGGUCUCCGAUUGAAAGCAUUGCGGGCCGAAAUCACCACCCUCGGCGGCCGCAUGAGGAACGUGCUGUUCAUCACCCGCGACGACGACCGCUGCGGCGGCGGCGAAUCCGACGGCGACGACAAGUCGUUGCAGUCCAUAAGCUCCGUGGAAGACGCGCUGAGGGCGGUGAUGGAGAGAUCAAACGGCGGGGAAGACCAGUCAGGGAGUGUGAAGAGACAAAGAACUAAUAAUAUUAACAUAUUUCAACAACACCACAAAUAAUCUCAUUCAUGAAGGGAUCGUGAUUUACAUUAUUUCAUAUGUUUUGUCGGGCCAGGAAGUGGGGCCUUUGCAGUUGGGGAUUCAACCUUUCGGGACGUUUGGUUAGUUGAAAUUUCAUCACCACUAAGGAGAUUGUUAUAAGCCAAGUUAGUGGUGAGUGUUUAAUGUUUAAUUUAGAGAAUAUUAAUUACAAGCUAAGUUUAAUUUCUUGGUUGUGGGGUUUAUAAUUUAUGAUUAUA